UAGGACUGUGAGUAAUUUUACAGCCCGAGGCCGCUUCCUGUCGGGUGUGUGCGGGUGUCUCCGGGUGUCUCUCCUGCCAGGAGCUCGGGUGUUGUCAAAAAAAGUUUUGGGCAGGUUUCCUCCGGAGUCUAUAGCCAGGAUAUCAAGAUGUCCAAGUCCCUGAAGAAGAUAGUGGAGGAGAGCAAGGAGAAGAACAUCCCUGACAUCGACAUGUCUGACCGGGGCGUCAGUAGCAUGCUGGACAUCCCCGGCCUGUUCACGCUGUCGCACAUCACCCAGCUGAUCCUGAGUCACAACAAGCUGACCAGUGUUCCGGCCAACAUUGCAGAUCUGAAGAACUUGGAGGUGCUGAACUUUUUCAACAACCAGAUCGAGGAGCUCCCAACGCAGAUAAGCAGCCUGCAGAAGCUCAAGCAUCUUAACCUGGGCAUGAACAGGUUAAACUCCUUACCUCGAGGGUUCGGGUCCUUGCCGGCUCUGGAAGUCCUGGAUUUGACUUACAACAACCUGAGCGAGGGCUCCUUACCAGGGAACUUCUUCUAUCUGACCACCCUGCGCGCUCUCUAUCUAAGUGACAACGAUUUUGAAGUCCUGCCGGCCGAUAUUGGGAAGCUCACAAAGUUGCAGAUAAUCAGUCUGCGAGAUAAUGACUUGAUUUCCUUACCGAAAGAGAUUGGUGAACUGUCUCAGCUGAAGGAGCUGCACAUACAAGGAAACCGACUGACUGUGUUGCCCCCCGAGCUCGGAAAUUUGGAUCUCACUGGUCAAAAGCAGGUCUUCAAAGCCGAGAAUAACCCCUGGGUCACGCCUAUCGCUGAUCAGUUCCAACUUGGAGUGUCUCACGUCUUUGAAUACAUUCGCUCUGAAACCUACAAAUACCUUUACGGAAGACACAUGCAAGCGAACCCAGAGCCCCCAAAGAAGAACAAUGACAAGUCUAAGAAGAUCAGCCGCAAGCCUCUGGCAGCGAAGAAUAAAUAGAUUAUCGAUAGGCGCUCGCCCUUCACGCCCGGUUUCUGCAUGUGCCUAAUUAUUUCUAUUUAUUUCUUGAUCUAUCACAUCAGGGAGAAGCCAAGACGCGUAUAAGGCCGCUCUGGUACUGACCCUGUUUGUUUGCCUUACUGAUAUUCUGCAGGAGAAGACGGCGCGUUACCAGCUGUGCAUUUAUAGCUGUUACCCUUCUAUACUGUGUCUGCAUCCACCGGCAUUAACCCUUGCUGCUCACCAUCGUCAUACUGUUUCUGUACAUCCACCUGUAAUAUAUCGCUAACCUGUCACUCAGGUCUAUGAGUUGCGGACAAGGUGUAAUCUGCCAUUUUUUAUUAUCUUUCCAUUACAAUAUUUUUUAUAUAUGUUGUUGUUUUUUUGUACCAGAACCAGAUGGUUUUAUAUCAUGAAGUGCCUGUUCCGAGGUGUGUAGCUCCAGGGGGUUCAGCAGUAAUAGUCACACCCGGGCUCUGGUGCCUUACAGGGCCCAUAGGCCACAUACUGCAAGAAGGCCUGAGUAUUAUAAAUGGUAGGGGCGUUUGCAUUGGGGCCCAGGGACUUUAAAGAGGAGCUCUUCUCACCUCUCCUGACCUGAACUUUAGUCCUUUAGUAAUUCUGGAGCAUCUAAUCUUAUGACUCUGUGUUGUGCCAUCCCUCUAUUAUUCCUGCUAGAAGCUAUGAAUGAAUUGCCAGCAGGUUGCAGGGAAGGUCCAGUUGGGGGGGGUGUCCCUGUCAGACUGUGCAGGGACACACUGCCAACCGGUAACACCCAGCUGGACCUUUUAUUGCAACUGCUUGCAAUUAUUUUAUAAACUUCUAGAAGGAAUAUUAAAGGAAUGGCAGAACACAGAGUCAUAAGAAUAGAUGCUCCAGAAUAGAGAUGCGUUGGGAUCAAUUUGUCUGGUUAGCCAGACUUCUCCUGUGAUCGCCUGUCGCCUGUCAAUCUCCUGGCAUCGCCACUGCCGAAAUUCGGCUUUGGGAGCAGCUACUGCGCAUGCGCCACUAUCAGGAACUGUAGCAGCGCAUGCGCAGUGGCUGCUCCUGAGGCUGAAUCAGAAUUGUUAUUACAUAGGGGACGCAAGUCGUUACUAAAAGAGACAUGUCAGGAGAGGGAACGCGUCCUCUUUAAGUUACAUCCUUUAUCCAUAGCAGCCAAUCAGGUUCUUGUUCUUUGUUAGGCCACUUUUACGGAUCUCACAAACGGAAAGCCAAAACGCCAGUGUGAAAGUAGCCUUAAAUGGAGUGAUCUGAUUGGUUGUCACAGGCAAUUGCAUCGCUGGUUUUGAUGAAUCUGCCCCCAAUGUGUCCAUGUAUUUUCCAUUAUAUAUAUAUAUAACCUGCUUACAUCAUCAUUUCACAUGAGUAAUAAAACCCACACACGAUGACACGCAUUUUAUUUUAUUUUUAUGAAAAGUGAGAACUCUGCGGUGCUCAUGUGUAACGAAAAAACAUAUUAUAUACGCAAUAAAGAAUACUGUUUGCAAUAUUGUA